AUGGCUACUUUACUUUUGGAUACCCUUAGAAAAGCUGAACUUGACCAACUUUUCAUCCAAUGGCAUCACUCAAUUAGAAUCCUUGGCUCAGAUUACAAUAGUUUAGGAAUUGUCUCUAUUCAGGAUCGCAAAAAGUUGUUUCAGUUGGUUCAAAGUUUACGCCAAGAACUUCCAACCAAGGAGAACGGUCUUGUAGCAAGUAGUACUCAAUCUAUUUAUCGUCGUCAAAGUCGCCCUACAGCAACUGGUAUCACCUCAUCUCCUGGAAUGUCACCUACUACUUCUUUUCAACAACAACAACAAUCAUCGACUACUUCAACUAUUACUAGAUCUAGAUCUCGUACCUUACCAGAUCAACAUCAACGACCUGAUUUCAUGAAAACAGUCAAAUCAUCGCAACAACCUCCAUCAGCAGAUUUUUUUAUGCAUCAUGAUCCAUCAUCUGAUGAAGAAGAUGAAGAAGAUAUGCCAGAAAUUCGUCGAAGCUCCAAUCCUCUACUGAAUCCUUAUGGUAUUCCUAUUCAAAACAACAAUACAAAACUACGCUCUCCGUACGCUCAACAACAGCAACCACAAAGAUCUCCUAUGAUUCCCACUACAACUCUUGGAAACAAUAACAACAAUAAUACUAAUUUGGGCCAAUCGGAUUUGAAUCAAAAAAUACGCGUAUGUGUUAGAAAACGUCCAUUGAACAAGAAGGAAUUAGAACGUGGUGAAAAGGAUAUCUCACCUACUGCUGGUAUUCGAAGUAUCAAUGUCAAUGAACCAAAUUUUACUUUUGAUGAUGUUUUCGAUGUAGAUGAUUCCAAUGACCAGAUUUACCAACGUACAGCCCAACCAUUGGUGAAAUAUGUAUUUAAUGGUGGAAAAGCUACUUGUUUUGCCUAUGGUCAAACAGGUUCAGGAAAAACAUAUACAAUGCUUGAUCCUCAACAUGGUUUAUAUGUCUUGGCAGCACGCGAUGUUUUUGCUUUACUUUGUCAACCUCAAUAUCAACAUUUAUCAGCAUAUAUUGGAUUCUAUGAAAUAUAUCAAGGCCAACUUUAUGAUUUACUCAACAAUCGAAAAAAACUAUUUGCACGAGAAGAUGGAAAACAAAACGUCGUUAUUGUUGGAUUGAAAGAAUAUGUUAUUAAGAAUGUGGAUGACUUGAUGAAAGUCUUUGAAUAUGGAAGUCAAUGUCGAAGUACAGGUAGCACUGGUGCAAACUCAGAUUCUUCUCGAUCGCAUGCUAUUCUUCAGGUUUUGUUGAAACCAACUAAAAAUCGCAAGAUCAUUACAGGCAAACUCAGUUUUAUCGACUUGGCUGGCAGUGAACGUGGUGCUGAUCGUGGAGAAACAGAUGUCAAGACUCGAAUGGAAGGAGCAGAAAUUAACAAAAGUUUAUUAGCGUUAAAAGAAUGUAUUCGGGCUUUGGAUCAAGAUAAACGACACACUCCUUUUAGACAAAGCAAACUUACUCAGGUGUUGAAAGAUUCUUUUGUUGGCCAUUCUCGCACUUGUAUGAUCGCUACAAUCUCACCAAAUCAAGGAAAUAGCGAGCAUACUCUCAAUACCCUACGUUAUGCUGAUCGGGUGAAGGAACUCAAAGGUGAACGGGAUCGACGCGGCCAAAGUGAUAGCAAUACAUCAUCAGUUAGAAUGCGUGGAAAUAUGCAAGAAGAUGAUCCUGAUUUAUACCACGAAGAUGAUGAUGAUCUCUUUCUCGGCGAUGAAGAUUUCCCUAGUGACGGUGAUGUUCACAUUCUAGACGAAGACUUCCCUCAUGAAACGACUUUACAUGAUAGCAACAAUGAUGAUGACUAUGAUAGUGGUGGUCCGACAUCUUCUUCUCAACAACAACAAAAGUCGACCGCUUCCCUUGACUCUGAUACUCCUACUAUUGACCCACAAGCCAUUGAACAAUUCAUCAAAUUCCAUCGUGCUGAAAUCCGACAAACAGGUGAAUGUUCGAAAAAGGAAACUAAGCUUUUGACACACUUUUCAUUGAACAUGGCCAGUCGUAAAGAAAUGGACGACGAUGAUGAUACUUCCAUGGACAAAAACAAAGAUCAAUUGCCGCGACAACAACAGGAUGAUGAUAUGGAAAAGACUAUGGUAGACUUUCAAGGAUAUUUGAACAACUUGGAUGAAGUGCUGGAAAUGAAGAUGGCUGCGAUUGAUGCUCUCCGUGAUCGUAUUCGUGUGAUGCUUGGUGAAGAUGAUGAUGAUGCUCUUUAG